AUGCUAUUCUCAAAGGAACCAUCCAAUAAAAGAAAAUUCUACUAUCGUAAUAUUCUUACAUCAAACUUUGAUUUCUUUUCUAAAUGCCUAACACUCAAAGAAAAUCAAAAGUAUACUAAAUAAUCAAUUUCUAAUUCAAAUCUAAUAAUCAAUCAUCGCAAACCUAAUUAAACUUUACAUUCACCUCGAUCUCCUGUAAUUAAUAAUUUAGAAACACCUAGACAUAUACGUUUUCAUACCAAUAAUUCUCAUAAGCUUUUUGAACAAAAGUAGAUAUCUGAAAAAAUCUCAUAAAAGUAGAAUACAGAACGUAGAGCUCCUUUACAUAAAAGAAAAAUAUAAAUUACUGAGACAUCAUUAUAAAUAGAGGAUUAUAUUGAAUUAUUGAAAAAUAAAACAUCAUCAAAUAUCCAAUACAAAUACUCAGAUCUUUUUAAGGAUUAAUCAUUUUAGACUACAUCACUUCAUUUUAAGUCAUAAAAUCCAAGAAAAUCAAAGGAAGAAUAAAGAAAUCAUUUGUAACUUCUUUUAUAAUGGUAUUUCUCUAUUUCAUUUUAGUACACAUGCAAUUGCUAAAAUUAAAGAUGGAACCAAUAUUUAAACGAUUAUUAAUUAAUGUACUCAUCAAUAUCCAAAUUUAUCCUUAAUAAUAGAUUAAUUUAUUCAAGAUUUAGAUGUAGCUAUCUAAUUAUAUAGUAAUGAAAACUAAUUAUCAUUAAACCUAUUAAGAAUUACAGGACUUGAUUAUAAAAUAUUUCAUGUAUUGUUCAAGCCUAAGUAAGAAUUCCCUUAAUUACAUUAUCAAUUUAAAAUUGAUGAAAAUUUCUUUUAAAAUUAUAAAUUUUAUAAACCUACUAAAUAUGAUAUUUAUUAUCGUGUUUACGGAGCUGGUGAAUUACCAUUAGAAUUUUAAGAAUAACUGGGUGAAUUUAAUCCUUCAAUUAUUAGGCAUAAACUCAAAGAUUCAGAUUAUUAAGCUGCAAUCUUGAUUAAAGAUUAAAUACCUUCAAUUGAUUAAGAUUUUGUGAGAAAAAUUAUUUAUUAUUAAAAAAAUCUUCAAUUAUUCCUAAAAUAAAAAUCAAGUGAGGUUUUAAGUAGUUUUAAAGAAUAAUUAAAUCUAGAUGAAUAUAACAAUAAUAAUAUUUUAAGAUAAUCAAUACUAUCAAAAUUGAUUGAUUCAGAAAAUUUGAUUGGCAAUUUUCCACAUAUAACAAAAUCAAAUAGGUACUUAUUUGAAAAGAUGGAAUUAGAGUAAUAGAACAAAGUAUAUUCUCAAAGAAUAAAAUAAUCAAAAGCAAAUGCUAUUUGA